AUGUGCAAAACAUUCAUAAUAUAUUUAAAUCAUAAUCCAUAUUGUAUAAUUGAAAUGAAUCAAUAUCAACGUCAAACAACACAUGUUCUUUGUGAUACAUUAGAUUUACAAUGGAAUGUUUCAUUUAGAUUUUUUAUUUUUGAUAUAAACAAGGAUAUUAUUAUAUGUUCGAUCUAUAAUCGAUCUAAAUAUACAAAAGAUUGUCUUCUUGGUUCAAUUAAAAUUCCUUUACGAUUAUUAAUUAGACAACAAGAUUCAGUAUCGAUUUAUUCAUUAGGAACAAAUCAUAUUUAUGAAAUGUCGAUAGUCAAUUUGACAAUGCGUACAUUUUAUCUUGAACAUUCAUCAAAUAAUUCUCAAAUAUCUAUAAAAUAUAUUAUUCAUUUAAAUGAAUAA